GUACCGAUUUGAGGAAUUACCGAGCAACAUACAAGAAAAUCACAAGAAGUUUGUGACAGUUGAUGGACAGGUAGACAUCUCAGGUAGCAAGCCAGGUGAGUGUAGGGGACCGAAAGUCACAAUCGUGUGAACAGCAGAUUUCUGAUUAAAUUGUCUAGCGCUUUUACCACGGCGGUUGCUCACCCUUGAUACUGAAUAUUACUUAAACCAGGCCAACGUGUGUCAGAUAAACAAGACGAAUUCCUUGACUUUUUUUGCUGCGAGACAGACUGGAAUAUACAAAACCCUGGAGCAACCUUGACCCAGGCACCAGCAGGACAACCAGCCAACACAUUGCCUCCAACCUUUGACCUGUUUUUUUGCCAAAGAUCCAUGGCCUCUUCUGAUUUGGAACGAAACGACAACUUAAAUGAAGAGGAAUACGUGAUAUUCUUGAAUCGAUUGACCAAUAACGAAUUUAUUGGGCAAUCCUUCGAGGAACUAGAUUCUUUUUUGAAAAAGAACUUUUCGGAACUUGCAGGAGAGGAUGGUCAGAUUUCUAUCUAUGGAUCGAAACCCGACCAAAAAAGUAUCAGUGUGAAAGAGAAAGAACAUUUGGAGAAUAUUUGUAUCAAAACAGGCAAUGCAUUGAAUGGAAUUUCGGAUCCUGAUCCAACACCAACACCAACUCCAGUGGAAGUGGAAGUUGGAAUCCCCUCGGUCGAGCCGAGUGGACAAAUGAGUUUGCCACCUACCUUCGACGAAAGCACCUGUCUUAUAGCCAUUGCUUCAUCGGAUCCGGAUGAUGAUGAUUACAUGAAUCAAGAUGAAUACACAGAAUUCGUUGUUCGAUUAACAGGAAAAGCGUUUGAGGGAUUAACAUUUGAGGAACUCCCAUCACCACUGCCAGAAACUUACAACAGCUUGGUUUCUGAAGAUGGAAAUGGUAUAUAUACAUAUGGAGCAAAACCUGAUGAAUCGCCCGAACAAGACCAAGAGGAAUUCUUACAACAAAUUUGUCUGAACGUAGCCGUCGCGUAUAGCCAGACGGAAGGAUGGACAGAGGCACCUGUCAUAGUCACUGAAGGGACAUUUCCACCAGGGAUUUCCGAAGGUUACAAUUCGUUCAUAGUUUCUAACAGAGGAGGUUUGACAGCAGAUGACCUGGUAUCGGGACUCAACCGAGAUGGUCUAGAUCAAGCAUAUACGAUCUUUAUUGAGAGAGCUAUUGAAGACAGCGACAUAGUGAUUGGUACACUGGUAGAAGAAAACCGCUUGCGACGCCGAAAGCUUGGAGUUGACCUUGCGCCAAACAGCCCCGAAAUUUACAUACUCGAUGACAUUGAUUGUCCCGAAGGUCUAUCGUCAGUAGAAAAAUGCCAAAUUGCCUUUGCCAAAUUCCAACUCACUAUAGAUGAAGAGGACCCACAAACAGUUAGCAGGGUUUACACCAAUUAUACGCAGAGUCUUAUCUCUAAUCGGUUUUUGGAAAUCGUCUUGAAAGAAGUCGACCCGAGGACCACCCUAAGAAUUGUUGAUGCUAGCUAUCCCGUGCUUCCAGAAAUUGAAAUAACCGAUCCCCCAACUA